GAUGUGUAUUUGUUUUGCAAUUUUCUCAAAGACAAGAAGAGUACGAGACUCGUCGUCGUCUUUCUUCCUCAACUUCAACAAAUAGAAAAUUGGAUUAUUUCAGACCAAAAGUCAUUGUCUCCGCCUACAAAAUCGGCGAUUAUUAAUCACAUUGUCCUCUUCUAUGUCUGAUCCACUUUAAUCUCUUCAAAAAACAUUCACUUUUCCUCUAAAAGCUUUUUCCUUUUCUCAUCAUUUCUCUUCUGAUCGAAACUGUGAAAAAUGGGCACCGAUCAAACUCAGAUCUCCGACGAAUAUGUCUCCGGUAACAAGUCCGGUGUCGGUGGUGGAAUCUCCGAUGUUUACGGUGAAGAUAGUGCCACACUGGAUCAACUCGUCACUCCUUGGGUUACCUCUGUCGCAAGUGGGUAUACAUUGAUGCGUGAUCCUCGUUACAAUAAAGGACUUGCAUUUACUGAUAAAGAGAGAGAUACUCAUUACAUAACUGGUCUUCUUCCUCCUGUAGUUUUAUCUCAAGAUGUUCAGGAGAGGAAAUAUUACUCUUGGUUUCAGUUUGAAGAUUUUGCAAACCACCAUGCGUUUGAGCUUCUCUCUAAGUACUGCUCCAGUCAUCUCGUUUUCAAUGAUGAUAUCCAAGGCACUGCAUCAGUGGUUCUUGCCGGGCUUAUUGCGGCUCAGAAAGUACUUGGUAAAAGCCUAGCUGACCAUACUUUUUUGUUCUUGGGGGCUGGAGAGGCUGGAACCGGAAUCGCUGAGCUAAUUGCUCUUAAAAUUUCGAGAGAGACUGGAAAACCAAUCGAUGAGACCCGGAAGAAGAUUUGGCUUGUGGACUCCAAGGGACUGAUUGUUAGCUCACGAAAAGAAUCGCUUCAGCAUUUUAAGCAGCCAUGGGCGCAUGACCACAAGCCCGUCAAGGAGCUCUUGGGAGCUGUUAAUGCAAUCAAGCCAACUGUGCUUAUUGGAACUUCUGGUGUGGGUAAGACAUUCACUAAGGAAGUAGUGGAGGCCAUGGCCACCUUGAACGAGAAACCAUUGAUUCUUGCUCUCUCAAACCCAACUUCUCAAGCCGAGUGCACAGCGGAAGAAGCUUACACAUGGACCAAGGGUCGUGCAAUCUUUGCAAGUGGAAGCCCGUUUGACCCUGUUGAGUAUGAUGGCAAAAAAUUCAUGCCUGGCCAGGCAAACAACUGCUACAUUUUCCCGGGUCUCGGUCUUGGUUUGAUCAUGUCCGGUGCCAUACGUGUUCGCGAUGACAUGCUUCUCGCAGCUUCUGAAGCGCUGGCCUCCCAAGUGACAGAAGAGAAUUUCGCUAACGGAUUGAUCUAUCCGCCUUUUGCAAACAUCAGAAAGAUCUCAGCUAACAUUGCAGCCAGUGUGGGAGCCAAAACCUACGAACUAGGACUGGCAUCGAAUCUGCCUCGUCCUAAGGACCUCGUAAAGAUGGCAGAGAGCUGCAUGUACAGUCCUGUCUACAGAAACUUCCGUUAAAACAUUCUUUGCUCAUUUUUGUCCUCAGCUUUUUUUACUUUUUGCUUUUCAGUUUUGGUGCUUUCUAUAUAGGAUAACUUCUACACUAUUUUUACUUCUUUUACUUUUGCUUUUACUUUAAAUAAUGAAACAUUUUAAUUUAAUUUU